CAGUAUGACAGUAUCGUUGAAAUUUCGAUAAGAAACACAAACAUUACGUGAUACGAAUUUUAUUUUAGCUUUGUCAUUGUUGGCUGUACUAUAUCUAUGGCAUUAAAUAAUGAUAUUUAUAUUCGUUUGAAUCAGUUGUCAUUCUAAAUUCAGCCGCUAUACCCGCAAUUUAGCUUAUCAAAAUGUCUGGUCUACCGAAAACAAUGCGCGCUGUGGGACUCUACAAGUACUUGCCGAUCGAACACGAAGAGAGUCUCCUCGACUUGGAAGUGAGUUUACCAACUGUGACUGACACAGAUUUGUUGAUUCAAGUCAAGGCUGCCGCAGUCAAUCCUAUAGACACCAAACAACGCGCUCCAAAACCGAAAGUAGAAAAUCCCCCGCGCAUUUUGGGAUGGGACGGCGCUGGAGUCGUCGUCGCUAAGGGUAAGGAAGCCAACUUAUUCAACAUCGGCGACGAAGUACUUUUCACCGCAGACAUAUCAAGAAAUGGUGCCAAUGCAGAGUACAUCGCCGUUGACCAAUUCCUAGUGGCGAAAAAACCUAAGAACUGGACAUUUGAACAAGCUGCCGCUAUGCCGCUGGUGACGCUAACUGCCACCGAGUCCAUAUUCGAUCGCCUACUGAUUACUGAAAAGGACAAAGGAAAGUCAUUCUUGGUCAUCAACAGUGCUGGAGGAGUGGGAUCAGUAGCUACACAGAUAGUUAAGAACCUCGGUCUGAAAGUAAUAGGCACAGCAUCGCGUCCAGAAACUCAGGCGUUCACGCGCCAGUUUGGAGCAGACAUAGUCCUCAACCACACCCAGGAUCUGAUACCACAACUGGAGGCAAAUGGGUUUGGAGCAGGAGUGGACUUUAUUCUGGUUAACUUCGACCCCGCACCGUACUGGGAUACAUUGAUGAAGGCAAUCAAACCUCAGGGUAAGAUUUGUUUGAUUGUUGACUGCAGUGCUCUCGUAGAUUUGAGGCCAUUGAAGGACAAAAGUGUAACUUUGGUGUCAGAAAUGAUGGCUACGAGGAUCAAGUAUAAAACUGAUGACAGGUCCAGGCAUUACGAGUUGUUGAAGGAAGCAGCGCAGUGGAUGGAAGAGGGCAAGCUGAAAUGCACCCUUACAAGAACUAUGAGCCCAAUCAAUGCUGCUAAUGUUAAAGCGGCUCACAAACUUCUAGAAGAUAAAACCUUGAUUGGUAAACUAGUGUUGACUGGGUUUUAAUAACUACAUUAAGUUUUUACAGCAGUUAUGUAUACGAGUAGGUAAUGAUGGCUGAUAAGCUUAUGAUUAUUCCAACUUUGGUGAAUUGUUAAGUAGGUUUUAUGUGAAACCACUUAUUUAAAAUUCUAAGUAAGAAGACUUAGUAACUACUAAGUCUACAUUUAUUGAUGAAGUAUAUCUAUCUAUACUUCCUACUUAAUUGGUUUUUGUCGUAAUUCAAUAAAAUAUACUUUG